AUGUCUCAACCACCCGGACGAGGAUCAGAGAGAAAUCAUCGCAAAGAUUACAAUAACAACAGUAUGGCUGUUACCUAUACCGGUGGAUAUUCUGCGCCUGGCAGCCAGACUCUCCCAUCUUUUCGCGAACUCCUCCCCGAACAUCUCCAUAAUGAAAUAGAUCAAGCCGCAUAUUACUCCUCACAAUCCAGCCCAACAGAUCGCCAUCGCACCCCAGAUCCCACUUCAUACAACAAAUCACGGUCUUCACUUCCAUACCCCCAUUCAUCAGCAACAUCCGGCGGUGGCCGAGGACCAAGCCCUAUAUUACCACCGUUAAGAGAUCUACAAUCCUCGAGUCGUCACCAUGACCGUCCAAUGAGUUCCUACGACGAUGCGCCCAGUCGAUCAGGAUCAAGGGCUGGAAGAGGAUACCGAACAAGUAUGGAAGAAGACCCUAGAUAUCGGUCAACGUCUGGCGGCGCUGCUAUGUACGGUAAUCAGAAUGCCUUUGACCCACGGUACGCCCAACAACAACAAUCCUACCAUGGGUCUUCGUAUCCGAGCAGCAACCAUUCCAAUCAAAGCAAUGAUUAUGAAUACCCAGCAUCUUCGCCUAUGGCUGGACACAGUCACACUCUACCAGCUUCCUCAGGGAAUUUUGGUGUAAUGGGUGCAGGCGGUGAUCCGCUCGACUCGCGCGGUAAGAGGAGAAGAGGGAAUCUCCCAAAACCCGUUACAGACGUCUUGCGUGCCUGGUUUCAUGAGCAUUUGGAUCAUCCGUAUCCGACAGAGGAGGAUAAGCAGAUUUUCAUGUCUAGAACGGGGUUGUCCAUAAGUCAGAUCAGCAACUGGUUCAUCAACGCCCGACGGCGACAAUUACCUGCUCUCCGAAACCAACUUCGGAAUAGUGAUGGCGAGCAUAUCCCGCGAGGACAUUCGCCGAUGAGUGACGUCGAAACAUCAAUGUCACCGCCUCAUUCGCAUAUGGCAUCUCCGACGCAUUCGAGACAUCGAUAA